AUGGCCACUCUUCGCUCCGUGUUCAUCCUCGCAUUGGUCCCCGCACUCCACGCCGCGGCUGCGCCAAAGCAGCGGGGCGACGUCACUGCUGGUGGAAGCGCAGCCGUGGACGCGGCGAGUUGGGGCCGCAAGCUGCUGGAAGCGAGCGGCGGUGCGGACGUGCACGUGGGUGGCGAGGAGGAGGAGGUGCGGGAGGUGACGGACGGGCUGGACGAGGCGGUGCGGGUGCUGCUUGCUUCAGAUGUGUGGGAGCGGAUGAAGAAGCAGAACCCGAAGAGGAACCUGAACUUAGGCAACUUGAAGAAGUAUGUGCCAGAUAAACCGGUCUGGAAGUUUGAGCAGCCGCUCAAGGCUUCGGGCGACGGGCUGGACGAGGCGGUGAGGGUGCUGCUGAGCUGGCAGAAGAUCAAGCAGAUGAACUCGCACGAUUGCCUCAAAUCCCCUGCCAGUGAGCCCUUGAAGGGGGGAAUUCACCCUGUGGAAUCCCUUGUCACCCCUUUGCAUCCCUGCGUCUGUCCUUGCCCUUCCACACCCAAGCAGCCGCUGCCAGUGAUGGUCGGGUUCCUGCAGGGCAACCCACCCCUGCCGGUGAUGGUCGGGUUCCUGCAGGGCAACCCAGUGAGCCACUGGAGCGGGGGGGUCAACCUGUGA